GAAAACUAUGAGAACUACGACGGUUUCGUCAUUUUGCACGGAACGGACACGAUGUGCUAUACGGCCAGUGCGCUGAGCUUUAUGUUCGAGAACUUGGGUAAAAGCGUGGUGGUGACCGGAUCGCAGAUCCCAAUCUGUGAAGUUCGCAGUGACGGCCGCGAGAACCUGAUCGGCUCCCUGAUUAUGGCUGGUAACUACGACAUACCAGAGGUGACCGUAUAUUUCAACAGCAAGCUCUACCGCGGGAACCGAACUUCAAAGAUCGACACGUCAUCGAUGAAUGCGUUUAAGAGCGCAAAUAUUCUCCCAUUGGCCACAAUGAAAAUUUCAAUAAACGUUAACUGGGAAACCAUAUUCAGAAGUCACGGCAUGGAUCGUUUCAGAUUCGAGCCAAACCUCAAUCCAAACAUUGGUCUUUUACGUAUUUUCCCAUCGAUCCCCUUGGAAUGCGUAAUUUGUUAUGGCAAUGUACAUUUUCAUUCAUACAGAGAAUCGGUUAACUCUUUUUUGAAGCCUCCGAUUCAGGGGGUCAUCCUGCAAACGUACGGAGCCGGAAACAUUCCUUCGCCGGUCGAAAAUGGAGUUAUUGUCGUCAACUGCACUCAGUGCUUCCGCGGCAGUGUGGACAAGCAGUACCAUACGGGCGAGGUAUUAUAUUCAGCAGGCGUGAUCAGCGGAGAAGAUAUGACAGUCGAGGCCAGCCUGGCAAAAUUGGCGUACGUUCUGGGAAAAACGGAACUAUCCCUGGAAGAAAAGAAACAGAUGAUAAGAAGGAAUUUACGCGGUGAAAUGACAAUGAACGUAGACGAACAGAUAAACCUAGAAAAUUACGAUAUUCUACAGCGGUUGAGUCAGUUUCUUCAUUUGUCCACCGCCAAUGAAAUGCGACGACUUAAAGAAAUAUUAUUUCCGCCUCUGCUUUGCCAAGCUGCAACCGAUGGCGACUUGGAUACAUUGAAAAGUCUGAAACAGCACGUAAGUUUUUCUUGUAACUUGACGAAUGAACGAUAUAAAAUGAAGCUAAUUAAAAAAAGUUUAUAAUU